CCCCCCAUUAAGAUGAAAAGACGAAGUAGAGUCAUGCACGCCAAACUGCGCAUGCGUUUACUGAAACACUCGUGGAUUCAUCAGGCAGCAUGAGUGAGAAAAUGCAAGUUGAACUCGACCAGACACAGGUGAAGAAGGCAGUUUUAGCCUUACAAGCUUUCCUGAAAUCAAAAGCUGGCGGCGAGUCUCUUUUUCAGGACGAGUCCCAGAAAAUCAGUCUGCUCUUUACCUUCUGGGGGAUCCCCUGUCGGUCUCAGACUUUUCUAAUUCCAUUGCCUCAUGGCCAACGGACAGACGUUGAGGAAGUGUGUCUCUUUACGAGAGAUGAGCCCAAAAUGACCACGGAUCAAACUCAGCGAUUUUAUAAGAGGUUGCUGGAAGAGAGGGGCGUUAAAACUAUUACAGAGAUAAUCCCCUUUGAUGUCCUGCGAAAGGAGUACAAACCUUAUGAGGCCAAACGACGUCUUCUGGGGAAUUUUGAUAUGUUUCUCUCAGACAGUCGCAUCCGGCACCUUCUACCAUCCCAUAUUGGAAAGAAGUUCUAUGACAUGAAAAAAGAGCCGAUUUCUGUGAACAUGGAAAGCAAGCAUCUGGCCAGAGACCUCCAGAGAAUCAUCCAGGGCACAGUUGCAAAGGUCAACAACAAGGGCUCCUGCUGCAUGGUACGUGUUGGCCACUCUGGCAUGGCUGCAGAUGAAUUAACGGAAAAUAUCAAGGUGGUUGUCAAAUCUUUGGCGGAUAUACUGAAUAAGGGCCCAAGGAUGAAAAUUAUCCACUUAAAGAGUGAAAAGUCAGUGGCUCUGCCAAUCUACACUUCAGACCUAAGCCACAUCACUGACCCCAAAGCUAACAAGGAGAAGAAGGCUCCUUCCAAAGCAAAGGCUGAAAAACCAACAGAGGACACAAAAGAAACUGCAGAGGAUGGAGAGCAGAAGGGAAAGAAAAGAAAGCUAGAGAAAGAUGAAGAUGAGGAAGAAAUUCCACAGCUGGUUCCCAUCGAGAUGAGUAGCAAAACACCUAAAUUGCAGUCCGAACAAAUGCAGCGAAAGAAAACAGCCGCGUCUGGUGCAAAGACACAAGCAGCCAUUUUGCGGAGACUCAUCAAGGGAAGCGGCAAGACUAAACCGAAAGGAAAAGUGCCCAAGGGAAAAGUGCCCAGGGGAAAAGUGCCUAGGGGAAAAGUAGCUAAAGUCAGAUAGUUCACUUUAUUUUGUUGUAUAACGAAUACAUCAACCAUGUCACAGCUUGUCUCUGCAUGUACAAUUAUCAACUAAUAAACAAAACAUGUCCAGUCAUGUAAACACUUUUAGAAAAACUA